UGUUCCGUUCCACAGCUGCUUGCUACAUGAUCUCUCAGGAGCCAGUGUCGGCGUCUUGCUCUCGCGCCUCCACGGAAGAACGUCUUAGGAAUUUCAUCGCGUGAGCAGCAGCAUGCUUUCGCGCAGGCACUGAUUCCAUCUCCCCUCCUAUCGCUUUCCCCUUCCCCUUCCCCUUUGACCUGCCCUUUGACCCUUAACCUCUCCCUCCCUUGACUGCUCCCUCUCUCUCUCUCUCUCUCUCUCUCUCUCUCUCUCUCUCUCUCUCUCUCUCUCUCUGCACCUUCUUGACCAUGUGGCCAUGUGUCUGCCAUCUCCAGCCUCUCCUUACCUUGAUUUCGUUUGCCUUCCUGACUCGAGGGGAGAACUGUCCAGCCACCUGCCUUUGCCCGGACCCCCACACAGUGGACUGUAGUGGCCGGGGGCUGACUCGCCUUCCCGACGACAUCCCGCUGGAUGUGCGCAGGCUCCUGCUCUCCGACAACUGGAUCCCGCACAUUCCAGAGGACUUCUUCCUGCUCUACAGUGACUUGGUGUACCUGGAUCUGCGGAACAACUCACUUUCCCAAAUCGAUCCAGGCACGCUGAGCACCUCUUCCAGGCUGGUAUUCCUGGACCUUGGCAGCAACAACCUGACAGAAAUCCCCCAAGGGGCUUUUGGCGAAUCCCAGAGCCUGAUCAAGUUGCGCUUGGACAACAACCCUCACCUGAGCCAGGUCAACGAGCACGCCUUCCAGGGCUUGACCUCACUGCGAGAACUUGAACUGGAACGCAACGCUCUUUCUGGCCUGGAGGUGGAAGCACUGAGCGAGCUGCCUUCUCUGCGUUUGGUGAGAUUGGAAGGAAACCCCUGGGUGUGCAACUGUAACUUCGCCAACUUCUUCAACUGGCUAAUCGAAAACAGUCACAAGCUUCCAAAUGGGAUUGAAGGUAUGGAGUGCUCCUUGCCCCCAGAUGGCCAUCAGGUGUCUCUCAGUCAGCUGUCCCAGGACAGCUUUCGUGAGUGCCAGAACUCCCUCACUCUCACGGACCUACUCAUCAUCAUCUUCUCGGGCAUCUCAGUGUCGUUGGUGGCCAUCCUGGCCAGCUUCUUCCUGGCUUCCACCGUCCAUUGCUUCCAGCUUUUCAAGGGCAGCAAAGGCGACGAUGAGGACGAGUGAGGAAGGCUCAGUCCCGCAGCCACCGCGUCCCGCUGUAGAUCUGCAGGAUCUGCUUCGGGACAUGCAGGGCAUCAGACCUUUGGCCCCGAGACAGACCAUGUGAAUAAUCGGACACCAGGCACAGAGACGGCUGUGGAGGCUGGCAGGGGAGGACCACGGUUGCAUGAGCGGAUUGCGAACGCAACGUGCUUGUAUGAUUUAAGCAGGCGACUGGAGACUUUGGAAAGUCAUAGUGCUCAAACCUCCAGGGCUUUGGGUGCGGUGUCUGAUUACAAACAAUUCUGCCAUCUAAGCAUAGUCAGCUUUUCAAAUCUCUGUCUUCAGUAAAGCAUUAGGUUAAAUCAUGAUAAUGGAAUCAAAAGUUCCGUUGUGCCAAAUUAGCAAAGAUAAUCAGCUUUCAUCAUCAUUGGCAGAAAACCAAGAGGCUUAGAGAGAAUAUUAUAAAAUCUAAUAGCCAUGUAACACUGAGAUGGAAAACAUUUUCCUGUGUAAAACCCAGUAGCUUCCUGUAUUGUGAGUUCAGGAUGAAUCUUGUGAACCUGGAGCUCAUGAGGGAAUCGCUGUGUCAAAUCCUGCACUUUUUUCCACAUGGUCUGCUGGCCUCAGUCUACAGAGUGGGCUUCACCUGGCUCUACCAAAGAUGAUGUUCAGAGGACUAAUGAGUGAGACGUUUGAUGUGUGUCAAAUAUAGAUUCAUUUUUGCUUUCCAAGAAGUGUGUGGCAUGAUCAAAUUACAUGAUGUAAUUGUGAUAUUGUAUAUUUACCUUAAAUGUGAUUUUGAUUCCAGAUAUUGCUCAAGUGUGCAGGCGAGGAGAAGAAGGGAUGAGAAAGACAGAACUUGCUUUCACGUGUUGCUGAGUGCUACCCAAAAAGUCAUACUGGUAUAACUUUAUGUAUCUGUUGAUUGUCGUCGUGUAUUAACUGAUAGAGGCAUGGAGUGUGGACACCACUGGUUACUGUGGCAUUUAUACGGAAUACAAUGAAGGACUCUUAAGUUCAGCUAGCCUUACACUCCACAUCUUGCUCAGAGGAAGUCUUUCAGAGUAGGCCAGAUAGAGGAAACUGCUGGAUCUUUAGUAUUUUAGUCUCUUCGGUAAAUUGUACGCAUGUGGAGGUCAUGACAUGUUCCUCAGUGAAUACAUCUGAGAAUAUUCCACGUCACUUUGAACCCCAAUUUGUUUCCAUACCGGUGACCCCCAUCUCAUGAUCACAGCAACCCAGCAGCUGAUUUUCCUUGAAUAAAUUUACAUUUUCAUUUAUUUAUUUUGAAAUAAUAAUAAUGUGUGAAUAAUAUUUUGGAUAUGAGAAAUAUAUGGUGGAAGCAUUUUUAAAUUGUCAAGAUAUUUAACCUACAAUAAAAAAAAAAAAAAAAAAAACAACACCCAAACUUUAUAAGAGCUUAGACGAGAUGUUAGAACUUUAUAACAAAAUGAAAUUUCCGUUACAUUUCCUCACACAAUUAAACAGAAUUAUUCCAGAUGUGUCCCCUGGCAUGCAGAGUUGCAUCUCUCAGAAGCAAAUGUCAGAGAAAUGCCAAAAAGGUUCACUGAAAUUAGAGCCACAUUUAACCAGGCACAGAUGACUACAGCGCAGACUCUUACAAGCUCGCCUAUGUAGAGCUCAGCCACUAGCUGAGAACAUUCCUGUAAAGUCAAUAUUCAGAUUUUUCCAGAUAAUAUGAACUGAAUCGAGUUUUAUGUGAUUAAAUAUAGACCCUAAUAUUCCUGACUAUAUUCUGUACUCUCACCUAACAGCGCUCAGUGUGCAUUAUUGAGUAUUAGUGAGCGAAACAUGGACUCAUCCUGCAGACUUUCGCACUGUUGAUGACUGUGCUUGGCACUUCCAUUGCUAUUUUAAAUUUUCAGAGAGAGAGAACGUGUGAGAACGUCACUGCCUGUGUUAGGAGACGGACCGCAGACAUCUUGCCGGAUGUAGCAUUCAUAGCUCAUGUCAGAGGUGUUGUGAGGCCAAGUCGCUAAGGCUCCACAACCAAAAGCUAACCUGCAUUAGGAACAAUGCACAGCUCGAGUGUAUUAUCAUAUAUGUGAUGCUUUCUAUGCACUACGUUUUGAAAGCAAUAUAUAACAUUCAUGCUUCACCUUGGGGUCCAAACCUCCAUGGCAGACGAACAUCUGUUGGUUAUAAUAUUUAGCUUUGUGCUUGUCUGAAGAAAAUAUGGUGUGCACCUGUUCUAUUGUUCUACUGAGUUCAGUAACUGUGUCUUUUGCAGGGAGCAAGAGUGUUAUUUGUCAUAUGUAUGUUGUACCACAUCACUGCUGUUACACUGAAAUGUAAAUGUAUAUGUAUGUAACACUAUGAUAACAUGAAAAAUGUCUGUCCUCAGUCUUAAUAGAACAUUAUGUAUACCAGUAGAUAUCCAACUACUAUGUAGUUACAGUAAAAAACAAACCCAAAUAUCCUUUAUUUUGUUAUUUUUGGGUUAUUUUUCCUGCAUGAUCUUAAGGAGCAAUACACUAAUUUCUUUUUCCCAGAAAACAGUAUACUGUUAAAGAAGAACAUAAAAUAAUAAAUUUAUCCUUUUUUAUAAUUA